GUCACGUCAAUUAUUUAGUACUUGUAAAUACAUAAAAAGAUCUAAGAGAUUUAGAUAUUUUAUCAAAUGAUUAAUGAAAAAAUACACAUUGUGAUAUUGGUUUCCUCAUUAUGGAUAAAUUUUACCCAAAAAAUACACAUUGUGAUAUUGGUUUCCUCAUUACCCAACCGACAAGCCAGACUCUUACCCCCAUUAUCACCAUUCCACCACCUACCCCAUUCACUUCCCCCAUGAACCCCGUGCCUGUUUUUCCUUCAAAUUUCCCCGGACCCCUUGAUCCAAUGUACACCCAAGCCCUUCAGAGUUUUGGACAUUUCAUGUCCAUGUUUCAGCAACCCGGAGGAUUUCCACCUUUUAUUCCGGGAUUGUACCCACAAUCCUCGCCUCAAACUAACAUCAUUUGCCCGGUCGUCCCGACAAACCUAAUCGGGGAGAUGGACAAAGCAGGCCCGUCCCGAUCCCGGAGGAGCCGGUCCCGCAGGUCGCAGACAAAGGUGACCUCGGAUGGGAAUGUGCGUUCAGUCCAUAGCAAAGACGAGGAUUGGGAUGUCCCCCAAGCGCUCAAAAAAUUGAAGGGAAAGGAUGUUCAACCAGAAAGAUCUAGGAGGUCGGCCUAUCAAAGGCUGGGACACGAUGACCAAAAUCAAAACCGGUCAGCAAAGGAGCGGUUGGGGGUGGAGACCGUCCCGGCUAGUGCCCUUAAUCGUGUAGGGGGACGAGCCGGACGACCUGGUCAGACCAGGCGAACGGAACCACCCCCACGAGAUGAGCCCCAGCACAGCCGGGCACCACAAGAGGAGGAAGCAGAAAGCCACCCCAGGCACACGACCCGUACCCUUGUUGAGCCACGGGAUCGUGUGGGCCGGGUUGAGGCACGACUGGAGAAGCUACAGCGCCGGGUAGACCGGGAGGAAAAGAAGAAAAUCCUGUUGAACGAAUCCCCGUUCACAGAUCGGGUUCAUGAAACCCCAUUUCCAAAGAAGGCAAAACUGGAAGUCCCGAAGUUCACCGGGAAGGAGGACCCGGAAAUUCACGUCAAAACCCUCCAUCAAAGUGGGCGGAUGAUGGGUCUUUCCGGGGAUGAGAAAUGUUUGCUUUUCUUUCAAACCCUCCGCGGCCGUGCCGCCGAGUGGUUUCAUAACUUACCGGCCGGUGAAAUCGAUUCUUUCGAUGAACUGGCUGAUGUGUUUCAAGAAAAGUUCAAGGAAAACUGUACCAAGAGGAAAAAGUUUAUCUACUUGAGUACAGCCGGGCAGCGAGAGCACGAGGAUCUGACAAAAUUCCUUACCCGGUCGAAAGAUGAGGUUGAUAAGGUGGAGGAGAUGGACGACAAAACAGCCAUGUCCCUCCUUGUGUCCGGGCUCCGGUCUGGAGAAUUGUACAAGGAAUUCUGCAGGAGGCCUCCCCAGUCCUACCAGGAGGCCUACAACACAGCUUGGGAUUAUGCAGACGCUGAAGCACAGGGAGUAAUCAAACAAAUGAUUGAGGCCGGGGAGAUCGAUCCUGAGUACCUAGCUCAGGCCAAACCAAAGAAGAACCAAUGGGUUAGGCCUGAAGGACAGCCGGCCGAACAGAACAAGAAGAAGAAAGCCGCCGGCAAGGAGCACUUACAGGUUAUCUACGGCGGGCCGGAAGGAGGAGAUUCUGCCUCCCAAAGAAAGAAAUGGGGGCGAGAACUCUACGUUGGUACGGUGGCACUAAAUCCCCAGUCGAAACAAGGGAGACGGGAACCGAUCACUUUUACUGAUCGGGACCUUCCCGCCACCGGAGAAGAUCACAAUGACCCCCUGGUGAUAACUAUGGACAUGGGUGGAGUUGAUGUCUCCCAGGUACUUGUUGACACGGGCAGCAGUGUUAACGUUUUGUACCUGGAUGCAUUUGAGAAGCUCAAGUUGUGUCGAACACGACUUGAGCCCUUAAAGACUCCCCUGUCUGGGUUUACCGGGGACUCAGCCGAAGCUGAGGGGUCGAUCCUUUUGAAUUGCGAGCUGGGCACAGGUGAACAGGUCGUCCAGAAACAAAUGAGGUUUGUAGUUGUGAACAUCAAAUGUGUUCACAAUGCCAUUUUGGGCCGGCUUGGGAUAAAUAAGGUCCGUGGGGUCAUCUCCAUGGCCCAUCUCUGUAUGAAGAUUUAUACCCCGGGAGGUAUAGGACAAGUCAGAGGAGAUCAAAAGAAGGCCCGACAUUGCUAUUUGGAAGUUGUAAAGAAGAUGACGAAGGCCUUUGAGAGAAUCACUUUGGUCUCUCAAGAGGAAGACCGGUCAAAGUUGGAACCGGGUGAUGAGACCGAGCAGAUUGUUCUCCGGGAAGUCUUCCUAGAAAGAAUGGUACGGAUCGGAAGAGAUCUGCCCGGAGGACUUCGAGAUGAAAUCAUCUCAGUUCUUCGGGAAUAUGCAGAUAUUUUCGCUUGGAGUGUGGCGGACAUGCCGGGCAUUGACCGUUCUGUCAUAUGCCACCGUUUGGCUGUGAUAGAAGGGAGCCGGCCUGUGAAACAGACGAAGAGGCACCUGGCAAAUGGUCAAGCUUUGGCAGACUUCCUCGUUGAACUAACCGGUCUAGAGCCCGAAGCCGGACCUUCCCAUACGGUCGAACCGUGGUGGGAUAUGGCCGUUGAUGGAGCCUCUAGACCAAAGGGAUGCGGGGCCGGCGUAGUCUUCACUACCCCGGAAGGAUUCAAGAUCUACCAUGCCCUGAUCUUCAACUUCAAGCUCACCAACAAUGAGGCGAAGUAUGAGGCGUUGGCCGGUGGCCUCAGAUUAGCCCGGACACUCGGAAUAAAAAGGAUGAAGAUCCGUUCCGACUCAAGUCUAGUGGUUGGACAGGUCAAUGGUGAGAUGGAAGUAAAAGAGGAUCGCCUGGCCCGGUAUAGUGAUCUGGUCCGAGCGCUUCUAAGGGAAUUAGAAGAGUUUCGUCUGACUAGGAUACCCCGGUCGGAAAACGCUGAUGCAGAUAUGCUUUCAAAAUUGACGCAAGCUUGUCCAGAGCAUGUGUCAAAGUUGGCGAAAAUUGAGAUCCUAGACGUUCCGAGUACAGACCGGUUUGAAGUCGCGGCCGUCCAACCGGGCCAGACUUCAGCGACCGGGAUAAUCGGAGCGGAUGAUGACUGGAAGUAUGAACUCAUGGAGUAUCUGGAGACCGGUCAGAAGCCAGAUGACGAGGAACGAGCCAGGAAAGUAGUCCUAUGGGCUCCACGUUUCCAGGUAAUCGAGGGUCAUCUAUACAAACGUGCCAUUGGCGGACCACUCUUGCGUUGCUUGACCAACCCGGAGGCUGAACGGGUAAUAGCUGAGGUGCAUGAGGGAGUUUGUGCAGCCCAUCAAAUGUCCCGCACUUUAGCUCAAAGGAUAAUCCUACUAGGCUAUUACUGGCCGACCAUUGUUGGGGAUUGUGAAAGGUAUGUCCAGAGAUGUAGAACGUGCCAGGUUUUUUACAAACAUCCCGGCAGAUCGACUACAUAUUACCAACCGACCUCUAAUGUCAUACCAUUUGCCCGGUGGGGAAUUGACAUUAUUGGAGCCUUCCCGGUUGCCCAAGGCGGAAAGAAAUUCGUGAUGGUGGCUAUUGAUUACUUCACUAAAUGGAUCGAUGCUAAGGCGAUGGCCACCAUAACCGUACGGCAGUGUGAGAAAUUUGUUUGGAAGAACAUUAUCACCCGGUUUGGUGCCCCAAAAAUCAUUGUCACCAACAACGGUCCACAGUUUCGCAAUCCCCGAUUCACUGCGUACCUUGCUAGCUUCGGGCUCAAGCACAGCAAGGCCUCGGUAGCAUAUCCACAGGGAAAUGGCCAAGUCGAAAACGCUAAUCGGACAAUUGUGGACGGCCUAAAAAAGAGGCUGGGUGAGGAAGGACACAAGUGGUUGGAAGCCUUGCCUCACACGGUCUGGGCGCAUAGAGUGACUUCAAGAAGAGCAACUGGAGAGACUCCUUUCGUGCUCACUUAUGGAUGCGAAGCCCGGUUACCAAUAGAGGCAGAAAUUCCGACAUUUAGAGAAACCGUCUACCAGCUCGGUCAGAAUGAGGUCGACCACCUCGCUGAACUAAAUCUGGUGGAAGAACGAAGGACCAUAGCAGCUGUCAAGAUGGCCAGUUACCAGCAGUCAGUAAAACGGUAUCAUGACAACCGGGUAGGCCCACGAUACUUCCAAGUGCAUGAUGAAGUUUUGCGCACGAGGGAUGCUAGUAAGCCUAAUGAGAGGGGCAAACUGGCACGUAAUUGGGAAGGGCCCUAUCGUGUAAAAGCAAUUGUCAGACCGGGCACUUAUCAGUUGGAGACUAUGGAAGGUGGCCGGGUCGAUCGACAUUGGAACUCUCACCACUUGCGUAAAUUUUAUAGAUAAAGUGUAAUGGGUUCCCGGCCAUUAAUAAAAGUUCGUUCUUUUCAGAAAGAUUGUUCUCAUACAUUAACGGGUAAUUCGUCGCGUACCAAUCUACCCGGAUAGAUGUCCAAUCGAAUUGGACAUCUUAAAAAAAAAAAGAAGAAACCGGUCUGACCGAUCUAACACCUCAUCCGUACCGGUACGGGAGUUAAAAACGAUUUGACUUAACUAGAGGGAGAGCAUCCCGGCCAGUUUAAGCCAGACGUUUUGAAGAAAAACUUAAGGUUUAC